UGCUUUCUCCGCCGGUCCUCUAGUCUCAACCUCACACAAAGAAGCACCGUCCAAGACAGCCAGAGCCAAGCAUGCAUCUCAAGCCCAACACAAUGAAGCUUCAAGCUACCACCACCACCACUGUGGCUCUCCUCAUCCUCCUCCUCUUAGCCUCCUCAUCCUUCCAUCUCUCCAUGGCCGGCUCAGCGUUCUGCGACGGCAAGUGCCAGGUGCGGUGCUCCAAGGCGAGCCGCCACGACGACUGCCUCAAGUACUGCGGGAUAUGCUGCGCCGCCUGCAACUGCGUGCCGUCGGGGACCUCCGGCAACAAGGACGAGUGCCCCUGCUACCGCGACAAGACCACCGGAAAAGGCGCCCGCAAGAGGCCCAAGUGCCCUUGAUCGGUGGUGAUCUGCCAUCCAUGGCCGGCGCAUGCUCAUGGCACAUCCGUAUCUAUCUACCAUCCAUGGCGCGCGCAUAUAUACCACCUGAACUGCAUGCAUGCGUAUCAUGGAGUACUACUGUGUCGCAGAGUCGACACGGAUCACUAUAUAUAUGCACCUAAAUCAUGAUCCACCGCGGUGUCUGAACUUUUUCUCCUGCUAUGCUUAUGAAGUUUCUGGUGACUCCCCAUGCACAUGAUCCUGUGUGUUGAUUUGUAUGAUGAGUUGUAACCUGUUAAUGAUGGUGUGUGCUGCAAUAAACUUUGGUUCCUGGCCCUAAUAAUAUCCAACAAUGUUCUUGUU